AUGGAUGGUAAAACAAAAUCAUUUGAUAGUAAUCCCGCUGGAUGUUCUAAGUCGGAGUCAAUCAAUAUCCUUUUCUUGCAAAAAGCUAAAGAUGCACUGAGAGUUUAUGCAGAAGUUGUUUAUAUUAAAUGUGAGUUUACUCAUCUAGAAGAAGGUGAAAGUAGUUCAAAAUACGGUUUCUACAGAAAUCCUACUAUUUCGGCUGAUUUUAUAAAAAAAUUCUAUCAAGAAGCUGACGUUUCACCAGAUGUCGUGGAAUAUGUUGAAGCGGUUGGUUCAGCUGUUGCUGAAGCUGAUAAAUCAGAAUUACAGUCGAUUGGUGAAGUUUUUUGCAAAAAUAGAAGAGAUCCUCUAAAAGUGGGAAGUGUCAUGUCUAACAUUGGGUAUACAGAUGCUGCUUCAGGGAUAUGCGCCAUUACUAAAGUUCUCCUGGCUUAUCAUACUGGAAAGAUUGCAGCAAAUUUACAUUGUGAUUCACCUAGGCAAGAUGUUGCGGCACUCCGUGAUGGUCGAAUGUGCAUUGUCACAGAUCACAUGGACUUCAACCACUCAUACACCGCUGUAAACGGCCUGUCGGUAACAGGCAUCAACUCACAUAUCUUACUAAAAGGCCAUUAUAAGCAAAAGGAUCAAUGGCUGCCGUCGGCGUUGGAUACCAACAGGACUUUACCUUUAUUUACAUCAGCGCAAAGAAAAAUAGCAGCCGCUAUAAAAUUUGUAAUAUCCACGUAUGAUGACGAUCACGCAUAUUUAAAAGGCCAUGUCAUAAGAGAAAAGAACUUGUAUCCAUUUUCUGGAGCACUCGUAGGAGUUUGGGACACAUUAGCGAUGAUUUUAGGAGUAGAGAAGAAACAGCUGUCUGUUCAGUUUACUGAUAUACAAUUCUUUACACAACCAAUUCUUUAUAAACAGCGAAACUUGCGUUUAAAUAUAGCUUUACAUAGAGGAAAUGGCCGUUUUGAAGUAUUAGAUGAAAGUACUACAAUCGUAAAAGGUUAUAUAACUGGAGAAUUAAAAGAAGACAAACAAUACAAAGUUAAUUUAAAUUGUAAGGAAGAAAUGCAACUUAAAUCGGAUGAUAUUUAUAAACUCUUUUCUAUAAGGGAUUAUAAUUAUUCGGGUGUAUUUCGUAGUAUUUACAAUGCUAGUUUGUCAUUGUCUGAAGCUAAUAUAAAAUGGGAAGACAAUUGGGUGGCCAUGAUUGACAGUAUGCUCCAAUUAAAUGCGCUCAGAAGAAUUCAUGAAACAGUUUCUCAGCCACAUUUUAUAAGAAAAAUAAUAAUUAACGUAAAUGAGCAUUUUGAUGAAAUGUAUGAAAUAGAUGGAAUAAAAGUUACACCUGCGAGGAUAUUUGAUGUUCACGAUUAUACGAGAUGCGGUGGUAUAAUCAUGCAUAAUAUAAGAUUUCAUGAUUUGCCAACUGUCUAUAAAAAUGUUGGACUAAAAACCCUAAAAUUUAUUCCACACUUUUCUACAAACACCAUCGAUAAAGCGUCAGCACUCUCUACUUAUAUACAAAUAUCUGCAGAAAAUUUAAAUAAACACGAUUUAAAUAUUAUGGAAAUUAUUGAAAAUAGUGUCUCUGAAUUUGUUGAUACUAAUCAAAUUCUCACUGAAAUUCCUGGAAUACAGGCAAAUUAUUCAGUUAUUACAAGAGAUAGACUUAAAACAAGUCAUAUUGCUUCAUUGGGUGAAAUCGAUUUGCUGUUAGUGUCAAAUCUAUUUGAUAAAGAUGAUUUAUGUCAAAUGCUACACCGAGUUCUUAGAUGCGAUACUUUUGUGGUUAACUAUGGGAAGUAUAAAGCAGAAAUUUCGAGGGAUCGUCCAUCAUCUCUAUACCAAAGUAUUUGUACACAUACAAUAGGGUCAACAGUUCUAGAACUAGUGUUGUGGCGUCCCACUGAAUCAAAAGUUGGUACUAGUGCUGUAACAGUUUACACCGAAUCUGAUUUUGCUCUACUUAAUUCAAGAAUAACAGCAAUACCAUUAAAUCAAAAGCUUGUGAUAUUAACCUCGUAUCCUCCAUUAGCUUCUUUAAAAACAGCAGUGAAGAAAUGGAGAAAAAAGGAUAACCGCAAAAUUAAUCUAAUCAUGAAUAAUGAGUUUUUCAGUACCUCGAAUCUGGAUAAAAUACCACUAACUGACAUAGCCGUUAAUAUUUUGCAUAAAGGCGCGUGGGGCGGAGAAUAUUACUUACCUGCAAAAGAAAUUUCAAGCAAAGAAGGACUCGGAUUAGAGCUUAAUAUUAGACAGUUAGGUGACCUAGACUCCUUGCAUUGGACAGAAUUACCGGAGCCUAGAGGCGCAGGCAUAAAUGUAAAGGUUCAUUUUGCUGGAAUAAAUAUUGUUGAAGUACAGAACAAAAUAGGAGUUAUUUCCUGCGAUAAAGAAGACAUGCAACUUUUCGAUUUUAGUGGAACUACUGAUAGCGGAGCUCGUGUAAUGGGAAUUGCCAAUUAUGAAUCUAUAAGAACUCAUGUAAGCGUGAAACCGGAAUAUCUGUGGCCUGUGCCGGCACAUUGGACUAUGGAAGAUGCAGCUACAGUUCCAUUGGCCUACUGCCUCGCUCUUUAUUGCUUGUGUUUUAAGGGACAGUUCCAGCCUGGAAUAACAAUUUUGGUACAUGGAGGCGCUGGUGCUCUCGGCCAGGCAGUUAUAUCAAUUGCUUUGGCAUAUGGCUGCAACGUUUUUACUACUGUUAGCGAUAUCAACAAAAAGAGAUUCCUGCAAAAACUCUUCCCAGAGCUUAAAGAAAGUCACAUUGGAAAUUCACGUGAUAUAAGUUUCGGAGAUAUGGUGAUACACGCUACAAAGGGUGAGGGUUGUAAUAUAAUCAUAAACUGUGUUAAAAGUGCCCUUAAAAAUAAGUUGCCGUUAAUGCUUACCGAGGGUAUUGCCCGUGGAUACGUCCGGCCACUAUCUCGUGUGACGUAUUCCCCACAAGAUGUAACACGUGCAUAUAGUCUUCAAGCUGGAAGCCGUCAUCGUGGACGUGUACUACUCGACUUACAAAAGGAUCUAUCUCAUGUUCAGACAAAAUUAGCUUGUUCUACUCAACUACAACAGCUGGUAAUAUCAGAGAACGAAUUGAUGGCAUUAAAAUUAGUCGACAGACUAGUGUACCGUGGAGCUAGAAAGAUAAUACUAGUUUCUGCAUGUGAAUCAUCAAAUUGUCUAUCCCAAAAAUUACGAACAUGGGUUAAACAAGGAGUACAUGUACAAGUGAUUCCUGAAAAUAUGUUUAGUUCAAAUAGCAUUAUCAAUUUACCUACUGAAGAUCAGUCGUUUGCAGGCAUUGAAGGAAUAUAUUACAUAGUUUCUGCAAAUGCAAUAAGUGAGAAUAGUUACGAAAUAUUGGAGCAGAUCAAACUAAUAUCGCAAAAAUUAUGCUCAAAUUUAAAAUAUUUUGCUAUUAUUAACGACGGAAAAGAUGAUUUUGAAGGAACAGUUUUAUCUAAAUUUGUUGACAAUCAAUUACUAACCUGGAUUAAGCUGCCUGCUAUAAAAAUGGUACAUAAGAUUAAUGAAAAUGAAUUAGAUGAAGCUAUUUCAGCAGCAAAUGCGAUUGAUGCCAUUGAAAAAGCAAUUUGCCUGAAAAAACGGGCUAUACUUAUACAUUCCUUAAAAAAAUCUCAUGCUAGGUCCUUGGUACAUGAAUUAAGUUCAAAAACAGGCAUAAAUAUACCAGAUGAUAUACCAGAAAGUACUUUUAUAGCAGAUUUGGAUAUUGAGCCUGUUAAGCUAGCAAUAUUUAGGUCUUAUUUGUAUAAUACUUAUAACAUAUUCUUAAACGAAAAUAGUCUACCAGCCUUGACUAUUAAAUCACUUCGUCAAUUAGAAGAUAAGUUGACAGAAAAAGAGUAUAAAGAAACUAAAGGAUUCGACACAUUCUGGUCAAAUAUUGAUAAUGAUGAGCUGCUUGCUACAACCGAACUGGUGUUGUUACCGACACUGAUAAUCAGUUCAUUGAUGCGCGAAGAUGAAUUUGAUGUAAAUCAAACGUACUUGUGCGUGGUACCAGGAGUAGAAGGUCUUCAUUCACGAUUCCAAAUUCUGUGUGAGCGCCUAAAGUUACGUGCCCUCGUAUUGCAGCCUGGCCUUGUUAGACCUAACGAAACGAUUCAAGAAAUGGCUGACAGAUUUGUAAAGACCCUUCUCAAAAAGACGCGGUUGAAAAAUAGAUUUUACUUACUGGGUUAUGAAACUGGUGUUAUGGUGGCAUUAGAAAUGGCGGCAAUUUUGGAAAAUCAAGGUGUAACUGGCACUGUAUUUUGCAUUGGCGGUGCUCCUAAUGAAGUGCAAACGGUAAUUGAGGAAAAGCUUGAAAAUUACAAUACUGAGGAAGAACUACAAAAUGCCGUUAUACGACAUAUGUUUAGUUUAUUUUCUAAAGAAAAUACGUUGGAUUUAGACAAGGCUCUACAAGAAAGCUCGACGUGGGUAGAAAAGGUGUCGCUAGCCACACGCAUUUUAUGUGGCCAAGUUAGGCAUUCAAAUGAAUAUACAAAGGAGCUCAUAAGUGCGGCAUAUUCAAGAAUUGUACAAGCUCGUCGUUAUAAUGCUGAACCCCGUCAACUUCAGUCUCUUUUAAUAUCGAUCCGGCCUUCAUCGACCCGUGAUCGGCAUUUGAAUAAUAACCUGCCCUCUUUGCAAAACUAUUCACUACGCAAGGUAGUCGAAUAUCAAUUGGAGUCUCCAUUUGCUUAUGCUGCCUAUGACUUGCGUUGCAGUGCGAUAGUUAAUCAUCAUCUUGAUGAAGAUAUUCUGGAAGCUUUUGAUAAAAUAAAUUUGUGCGAAUCAUACCUUAUAAAUGCUAACUCAUAUAUGUCAAGGCAA